AAUACCCUUGUUUUACCUAGCUCUGGACUCAUGAAUAGUAACCGUGGUUAUCUCACUGGGUCCGGCCCCGGGUUCAAUAUUGCAAUCUGAAAAUCCUCGUAAAAACUAGACCAUUCACAUGUUCCUGCUAAUAAUCUUCAAAUUCCAGCUCAUUGCAAAAAUAUUUGCAAUUCUUUGCCGCUACUUUGUUUUCUUUUGGACCAAUGAGAGAAGAGUUUACCUGGGAGAAACUGCCGCCAAUUACUUGAGGAUUAACCAUCGGAGAAUCUCUUCUCUCCUCCCACCUUACUCCGGGGUGUUCCUGGGUUUGGAUUUGUAUUAAACUAUACUGGGGAAUCAGAAUGAAGACGACCUUGACUCCGCUUCUUCUUUUUCUUGUCUUUAUUACAAAAGGUGAAGGAAUGAAACCAAGGUUUGUGGAUGAAAUAAGGAAUAUAACUGUAGAAGUAGGACGGGAUGCUACGUUUACAUGCACAGUGUCAGAUAUACAUGGAUACAGAGUUGGCUGGGUUAAGGCGAACACUAAAGCAAUUCAGGUAAUUGGAACACAUGUUAUAACACAUAAUAACAGAGUGUCCGUAUCCCAUGAUGAGAGUCGACGUAAAUGGAGUUUACACAUUGCUGAAGCACAGUUGGAAGAUACUGGACCAUAUAUGUGUCAGCUUAAUACAGAUCCAAUGCUGUUCAAGAUGGGAUAUCUAGAUGUAGUGAUAACCCCAGAUAUUGUUGAUAUCAGGGGUCCGAGCACUGUUAUCGAGGGUGGUGUAGCUAGACUAGAAUGUGAGGCAAGGGGAGAACCUGCUCCAAUGGUAUUCUGGCAAAGGGAGAAUACCAGGGAGAAAAUUACAACUCUGAACAAGAAGGAUGGAACUAAACAAAGAGCUGUGAGGGUAGAGGGAGCUGAUCUUCAUCUACAAAAGAUAACCCGUGAAAUGGCUGGUGGGUAUCUAUGUAUAGCUAGUAAUGGACAUCCUCCAGCAGUCAGCAGAAGAAUACAACUAGAUGUCAAAUUCAGGCCUAUUGUUACAGUACCGAACCAGCAUAUCCGAGGUGUUCUAGGGAAAACUAUUGGAUUAGAGUGUGAAAUAGAAUCCUUUCCCCGAGCUGAGAUAUCCUGGGUAAAACGGGAUCCUCCUUAUGAUCCGAUUGAAACAGGGGGAAGGUUUAUAAAAGAGGAUUUCCACUCUACAGACUACAAAACUAAAUCUGUUCUCACAAUCUAUAAUUAUACAAAUCAGGAUUCUGGACUGUACACGUGUAAAGCUAGGAAUGAGAUGAAUAUCAAAGGAGAUUCCGUAGAUGCAAUCAUUUAUCUCAACUCAGAGCGAGAAAAUAAAACUGUGAUUCAUCAAAAACAGGAAUUACAAGGGGAGAUUAUGGGAUCUCCAGAAACCGAAUAUUCUACUCAUGAUGACAGAACUACUCCUGAUCCCUACCUCAUCCUCACGGACUACGAGUUCUCUCAACUACCCUAUGAUCCAACCUUCUCCCACAACACUGAGAACCCCUACUGGAUGGUUUCAAACAAAUCUCCGACCGUCCCAAGGUCUAAAAAACCGCCGACCACCGAUCGACGAGUUUUAAACUCGGCGCCAACUUCACAAAGAUUAGAGACGUUUAUCUUUUUUCUUCUGCUCUCUGUAAUCCUGAUCGACUGAAUCAUUUAAUCACAAACUGGCAAACCCUGGAAUGACUUAAUUUCGAAAAUCGAAUUUUUAAAUUUUUUGCAAAUAUUUUAGUCACAAAUUUUUUUGAGUACACAGUUUAACUUUU